AUGUCACCACCACUCCCCUCGUCGGGCUUCGGCACAAAGGGCCAAUCAUCUUCUCGGAAUCCUGCUGCAAGCAUGCCCUCCACUCUGCCAUCUGAUCCGUCUGAGAUCUCCGAGACAGCUCAGGCACUCCUUCAGGCGCACUAUGGCCGCCUGAAGCAAGACGCUGAUCCGACCUCGUCCGACACUCUUGCAACUCAACGAGCCCAACUGAGCAAACUGGAACAAGCGAUCGGCAACAUGGAUCGCGUUUGCCUGCAACUGGACAACCUUCAAGUCGCUCAGCAGCUUCGCGCUGGCGAUAUCGUGUCGCGGUCGUCGUCGUCAUCAUCAUUAGUACAAGCAGCUCGCACUCUACAACCUCUUGGCCCUCUCGCCUUCUGGCCCGCACGUCUCGUGUUGGGCGCCGAGUACGUCUUCGUGCGUCAGAAUCCUGACGGUCUGUCUUUGCACGAUCAGCUCAUCUUGGAAGAUGAAACUCUGCCGACACUGACGUCUAGAUCACUCAAAGGCGACAAACUUAGCGUUUCGACUCGACUGCCAGAGCCCAGCCGGACGAUACAGGUGGACUAUGCAAAGGUUACCAUCAAGGACGCACAGAUGCAGCUCCAGGCCCGAAAGUCGCGGUACCUCAAACAUGCAGCCGAACUGCGCGAGCGUCUGACCGCUGAUGAGAGUGAGGUGCAGACAAACUCGGCGAAGAGGUCAGUCUCAAGCGCAACGUCGGACGAUCACGUGGUCAACGACAAGAACGAGAUGCUGAACGAAGAGGGGCUGCCCUUCUACGAGCCAAUCGAGCAGAUCACUGAAGAGGACGCGAACAGGAACAAGACGGCAUACAUGCAGCCCUUUGUGCGUGCAGGUGACAAGUCGAGCGCGGACAAGGAUCAGCGCAAGCGAUGGCUGGACGACAUGCUUAGCAAAUUCGAGGAGGAAGAAAAGGACGAGGACUCGGACGAGGAUCAGGGAGAUGCACAAGCAAGGUCCGCCGAUGCAUCAACAGCGUCGACUAUGGCUGCAGAAGCCCCACCUGCAGCACAAGAGACCCGCGUUGUACUGCGCCAGCGCACUCCCAGUCCUUCGCCUUCGCCGGACGACUCAUCGGACGCAAAGGCACUGCCCGAGAUUGUAUCCGCGACCAGACCGCCACCGCCCAAGUCAGCACUGAAGCCAGGCGUCGCACGCCCCGACAUCGUCCAACGUCCAUCGUUCGGGUCUGCUGGCAUCCGUCAUGGCUUUCUCAACCUCAACCCGUCCAGCCCGGGUGCGAUCAAAAGUUCGUACUCGUGGGAGGAUCUCGAACGAGAACAAGGAUCAAAGACACCUGCCGAUUCAACGCGACCUUCACGAAGUCAGACUCCCACUCCUUUGAGUCGCAACAGCGGAACGGCAUCGUCGUCACUCCUCGCUCGCGUCACAGAUGCUGGUUCGAGUCCGACGACCAGCGGCGCAAGCACCCCUAGCAAGAAGAGCGUCCGCAUCAAGAGCCCCGAGCGCGCUCAUCCCGAGGCAGCGGCUGGUUCGGGGCUGACGCCUCUGCAACGAGCUUUGCGAUCGAGCAUUCGCGUCAAGGAGAAUUACAACGAACCCAGCGUCACGCCGUCGCAGCCCGCGCACGAUGCCUCUUCUGCAAUGGCAAGGUCGCUCGAGUCAGGUUCCGGAACGGCAGAGAAGCGUCAUCGAGAUGAUAUCGGCGUAGAGCAAGAGGCUGAACGCAUCCUGAAGCUGCUGGGACCGGACGUAGUGGAAGGGCAUCCCAACGCGCCAUCUCCCGACGUGCUCAAGAAGAUGCAAGAGGCGCACGAGGAGGACAAGCGCUUGUCAACUCCGGAGGCCGUGGCUGCACGCGCAAAGCAAGAGGAAGAGGAGCGUGAAAGUGAGCGCCUGCAAAGACUGGCAGAGAAGCCGGCCCUGGGACACAAUGUGCUGGAACGACCUAAAUCAGACGCUUCAACGACUCCAGGCCGAGGCAAGGAUGUUUCGACGCAGGUCAAGGCGCAAGCGCAGCAGGCCAAAUUCAGCGCUUUCAAGCAAGGGUUCUUGAAUCAGAAACCAGCUGGUUCGAAGUUUGUACCCAACAAAGCUGCACCACGGAAGGCAGCUGAUGACGUUCCAUCGGCUCCGACCCAGUCCCUCGGCAUGUCAGCACUGGACCGAGCGUCCUUGGGCGACGACGAGCUGAGUCAGCGUCGACAGGCUAUGGGUCUUCCUGCCGCCGUUCCGCACGCGAGACCGUCCAAGGCGUACGCCGAGAAGAUGAAGCAGAGGCAGCAAGGCCAAGAGUCCAACGAUGCCGCAGAGGAGGACGGUGCGGAUGGAGCGGUCCAGCUCGCCCGGCCUGUAGCGGACGAUGACGUGCCUCGACCCGGUCGCGUGCGAUUCGGUCCGCCUGCUGGUACUGCGGAUGAGGACGAAGAUGCGCAGGUGACCGGGAUUGACUCUGGCGCAACGCUGGAGAAUCAUUUGCCUUCGGAAGUAGACAACGACGCGGAGCUGGACGAGGAACAGGAAGAGCCCAAAAUCGAGGGCGAGGGCGCGGACACGGACGAAGAGGAUGCGUACUUUGACUCGUACCUCUCGAAGCGAUCACGACGUGCUGCUGCUGCCGACAGCCGUGGAAUGGACGUGGAUGAAGGAACCGAUGACGACGACUUCGAUGACGACGCGGACGACUGGGGUGUCGAUGAAGACGAUUUCGACGAAGACGAGGACGACUUUGACUACGAUCCGGAAGACCUCAUGGCGCUCGCUCCGAGCUUCGAUGCGGAUGCACAGACCUUGUCGGCGCAUCCGGAACUGCUCAGAGAGUACGAAGAGGCACGGGCAAAGAUGGCUUCGAUGGGUCUAGCGAUGCCGCGUGGCGGCGGAGAUGGAACCUCGAGUGACGAGACUCGUGCCGCCAUGAUGGCUGCUGCUCGAUCGGGAGGCGAAGCGGAUGAGGAGGAUGACUACGAGAUGGACAUCGUACCCCUGGACGAGGCUGUGGAGGAUGCCGAGUAUCGAGGCAACACGACCUCGAGCGGUUCGGGCUCGCGCAUCUCGCGGUUCAAAGCGUCACUCGCACAGCAGAAGAUGUCCGGAAAUCGUGCGCAUGCCUCCGGCGACUUGGAAAGCAUGCUCUCCUCAGCUCAAAAUCUGGGUCAGUCUCAGAACACAACCCACUCAGCAGCAUUCGGCAUGGAUGGCAGGCCUCCUCAACCACACGAUCAACCAGGCACCGCUGCACCUGUCAUGAUCAUCCCCCAGCUCGCCCCCGUCCGGUUCCCCAAGAACGGCGAUCUGGUGGAAGGCAAAACGAGCGGACCUGUCGAUCUGGACGGCGGCGAGAGCGACGAAGACGACGAAAAGGCCGAGAUGGUGAUGCGCAGUCGACUGGAGAGGUUGGAGUGGAAGAAGAACCAUCCGGAGGAAGCGAGGAGGUUGGCGGAGAGCAAGAGGGCGAGAGAGAUGGUGGAGCAGGGAGUGGCGUCACCGCCAGUGGUGAGGAGGCAGCAGAGGGUGGAGGAGGAGAAAGGGAAUCGGGAAGAGCAGAAAGUGGAGAAGGAAGACGAGACGAAGCCGAAGAAGAAGGUGAGCCGGUUCAAGGCUGCUCGUAUGGGUCAAUGA